UAAUUACACUUGAUGUAUUAACUUAUCAAAAAAUUAAAUACUAUCAAGGUUAACGAAUUUAUUAAUGCAUUAAGAGUAAUUGUAAAGACUUGUUCCAGAAGGGAAAAUGGCAUUUAAAUCUUAAGUUGAAAAGAAAUUCAUAAAAUUAGUUUAUUUUACCUCUUACUAUUCCAAUUGUGUCCCAAGAAAGUAUUGAAUCCUUGAGAAAGUGUUUCUUUAGGGCCAAAUACCAAUAUUUUUCAAAAUCAUGCUGGCAGCAUAGAGUAGAAAAAAAAGUGAAUUCUUUCUGCGUCAUAUCAGUCGCUCGGCUUGUGGUGGAAUGUAGACUUUAGGUUGGCUCACUAAAGGUUAUGGAGCUUCUAUCCAGCAUCAGUAGCACAUGUUUGUGAUAAGGGAUGAAAUUCAAGCUGAUACCAGGGCUGACUACUAAAUAUACAUUUACACUUGAGAGAGAAAGAGAGUGAGUGAGUGUAUAUGCAAUGGGAGUGUCUAUUACUGCCUCUCUUUGUAUGUAUGUGUAUGUAUGUGUUUCACCAACUUUUUAGUCUUUUGUGCCCCCUCCUGUUUUAGCAGAGAAUUAUUGGUGUUCUGCAAUUCUAAUAGUGCCUGAAUCGACUAAGCUAGCUACCUCACUUGCUACCAGUCUAUCUUUGCCUCUUGCCCAGUCAAGACUGUAGAACUUAUAAGAAACUCCAUUAACCACUGGAGGAGGGGGCAAUAAGAAACUUAAUUUUCAUCUGUUCAGGAAGCUGCCCCCCUCCUCUUCUAUUUCCUUUUGGAACAUCUGCAUGCUGGCCCUUAUAUUCACAAACAUAUGUACAUGUACACACACAUUAUCUCCGUUUAUUUUGCCUUUUGAGUACUGUUCAACAGUUAUUCCUAUUUUGGGUUACUGUGGUUCCAUAUAUUUAGGAAGGACAAAAUAAAACUUAUAAAAGAAGAAAAGAAAAGAAAACAUUUUUUCAGUUAGUUGUUGGAAUACAUUAUACUCGCUGAAAGAAUUUCGUAGUCACAGAUGUGGAAUUUUUGUAUAAAAUGAAAGUUGAUGUCCUUACGGCAUACAAAGAAUGGGCAAAUAUGCCUACUUCUUCAACGGAUAGCCCGACUACAUCUCUAAAUAAUAACUCUAUUACUGCUACCACUACAACCACUACUUCAACAACCACAGAUUCUAUUACUGCUAUCAAUAAUAAUAACAACAACGACACUUCUCUAUCAACUACUAACUCAUCAAAAAAGAUGAACUACAAUCUCGUACGGAAGUACGAAGUCCCCAGCUAUAAGUAUAAUUUCAUAACUAACCAUAACAUUAACCACGAAACAUCUAAGUUCAAAUUAGGGAUGCCUUCUGUGACUGAGUUAUCUACCAAAAUAGGGAAUACUUCAAUAAUUGGCAAGAAUACAGUGCAUAGGAAACUUUACAAGGACCACCCUGAACUCAUUGCUGGAGCGCCCUGCAUCGAGGACGACGAAGAUGGUCACCUGAUCUAUCACCCGGGAGACGUUCUUCAGGCUCGAUAUGAAAUUAUUCAGACCCUUGGUGAAGGCACCUUUGGGAAAUGUGUUGAGGUGAAGGAUGUUGCGAGCCGACGUUCAAGAUAUUCCAGGCAACGCUCUCGUGGGCCAAAUGGUCAAAUAGCUGCUUUGAAAAUUAUAAAAAAUGUUGAAAAAUAUCGAGAAGCUGCAAAGUUAGAGAUCAAUGUUCUUGAGAAGUUAAAAGAAAAGGAUCCAGAAGGCAAAUAUUUGUGUGUACGGAUGCUGGAUUGGUUUGAUUAUCAUGGGCAUAUGUGUAUAGCAUUUGAUAUGCUUGGUCUUAGUGUAUUUGAUUUUUUGAAAGACAACACUUAUUAUCCAUAUCCUCUCGAUCAAGUUCGAAAUAUCUCCUAUCAGUUGUGCUAUGCAGUAAAUUUCCUCCAUGAGAACCAGCUCACGCAUACAGACUUGAAACCAGAAAACAUACUUUUCGUUAACUCCGAUUUUGAAGUAUCAUAUAAUGCUAAAAAGAGGCGAGAUAUGCGGAGAGUAAAAAAUACAGAUAUAAGAUUAAUAGACUUUGGAUCUGCAACAUUUGAUCAUGAACACCACAGCACUAUUGUAUCAACGAGGCAUUAUAGAGCUCCUGAAGUUAUUUUGGAAUUAGGUUGGUCUCAACCCUGUGAUGUGUGGAGUAUAGGUUGUAUCAUGUUUGAGCUAUACACAGGAUACACAUUAUUUCAGACACAUGACAAUAAGGAGCAUUUGGCAAUGAUGGAACGGAUACUGGGCAGUAUACCAUAUCGGAUGGCAAAAAGAUCUCGAAAAAGCAAGUAUUUCUACCAUGGGAAACUGGACUGGGAUGAAAAAAACUCAUCUGGGCGGUAUAUUCGGGAAAAUUGCAAACCACUUAAGCACUAUUUAAGAGACAAAGGGAUCCAACAUCUUCAGCUCUUUGAUCUCAUUGAAAAGAUGCUUGAGUAUGAGCCUCAUUACAGGAUAACUCUUGCAGAAACACUUGCUCACCCUUUCUUCAAACCCUUAUUAAAAGAGCAACCACAUCUAGAGCACAAGCCAUCCGUGCCGAAGGAACCAAGGAUCGUGGACCGGCGCAAAAGUUACCAGGGCAGUGAGUUAUCAUCUGAAAACCAUGGUGACCGUGACUGUGUGAAAACAAAGAGUGAGGGUCCAGGCAAAUCUGAUGUCAGCUACAGCUACUUGCCAGCGGUACAUAAUGGAGCCCAACAAUGAGGACCACGUGCUUCUGUUUGAUUUGAUUUGGAAGAUGCUACGAUAUGAUCCCCUGGCGCGAAUAACACUAAAAGAAGCUUUGAAGGAUCCAUUUUUUAAAAAGUCCUGCUAUUUGGGUGGACGUGCUAGGUCACAUAGUUUAAG